UUUAACUUACGAAGAGGAUGGCUGUAGAAAUUAAGUGAAAGUAAAUUUGGUUUAGUUUUCUUUUUAUGUUAUAUUUCUGCAACUUUUUCUUUAAACUGUUUUACCUCCAUCAUCACAUUUCCAACAUGGCUUACAACACAACGAGCGCAAUCAAAAAACGGUCUGGGCUUUCCAGCUCCGCUGUAAACGAGAAUCUCAAUGGUUCACUUUCAUCGGAAAAGGUUAUACAGUCAUCGAAGACAAUCCAUGAGAUUACGAGAACUCACCCGACUGCGUAUUUAAUAUUCGUGUCCUUGCUUCUGGACUUACUAGCAUUUACUAUGAUUCUUCCUCUGUUGCCGUCCAUGUUAGAGUACUACAAGCAGCACGACGUUGGUGGAUAUUACGGGUAUUUAUCGGAUAGUAUCAGUAACUUUCAAGAGUGGGUGGGCGCACCAAAGCGUUUCAACUCCGUCUUAUUCGGUGGUGCAUUAGGAUCUAUGUUCAGUAUGUUGCAAUUUAUUGUCAGUCCAAUUGCUGGAGGAUUCUCGGACAUUUAUGGCCGUAAACCAGUGUUGAUAAUCUGUGCCAUUGGAAUUACCGCUUCGUAUGGAUUGUGGGCUUACUCACAUAACUUCAUGCUUUUUAUUUUGGCACGUUUUAUUGGCGGGCUAAGCAAAGGAAAUAUUUCAAUAUGCAUGGCUGUAAUAACAGAUGUUUCUAAUCAACAAAGUCGAGGCAAAGCGAUGGCGUUAGUUGGUAUUGCAUUUUCUCUCGGUUUCAUCGUUGGUCCUAUGAUAGGGGCCCUGUUCUCUCGAUUUGCGGAUAAGGCACAUUCCCAAUGGUUUUGGCUACCUGCAGUAUUCGCUAUGAGUUUAGCAUUAUUGGAUGUAGUGUUUAUCGCAUUAUAUUUAAAGGAAUCAUUACCAACAUCGAAACGGUCGAAGAAAAUCAUCAACACAUUAUCUCAUGCCGUUGACCACAUCAGUAUUCCCGCUUUAUUCAGGUUUUCAGCUGUGAAGAAUAUAUCCAAGCGAGACGUUGCCUCUCUUCGGAGUCUUGGAAUGGUUUACUUCAUUUAUUUAUUCAUUUAUUCAGGAUUGGAAUUUACAGUUACGUUUCUAAUGUAUCAUAAGUUCAACUAUACUUCAAUUGAUCAGGCCAAAAUGUUCCUCACAACUGGAAUAGUUAUGGCAAUUCUUCAGGGAUCCGUGGUUCGAAGACUCCCUCAGGGUCGGACGCAGAUUUCUGCUGUUAUUGGCCUGUAUUUAAUUAUUCCUGCCUUUAUAAUAGUCGGUGUAGCUGAAUCAUCUUCGGUACUAUAUGUGGGGAUGAUAUUAUUUGCCAUAUCUACUGCAUUUGUGGUUACUUGCAUGACCACCCUCAUAUCAAAAUACGGCGAUUUUCAUCAGAAAGGAACGGUUUUAGGAGUUUUUCGUUCGCUUGGUGCACUCGCUCGUGCUCUUGGACCGGUUGUUGCAUCCAUUGCGUUUUGGAGUAUCGGCUCUAAAGUUACUUAUAUUGCUGGAGGAGUUCUUCUAGUGAUUCCCACACUUAUGAUGCAACGGCUAAAGUUGUCCUAAGAAAAAGUCUUGUUUUUAUUGAUAUUGGUGCAAAGUGUUAAAUGUUCAUCCAUAAUACUCCAACGAACAGUAUUUAUUUUUUCAAUAUUUGUAACAAACAA